AUGCCCAGUAGCCUGACGCAGAAAAUCGAGGCGGCGCAGCUCAAAGAGGAGCUACUGGAGGCACAACGAUUUAUUGCCCAGCUACAACUGAACUAUGCGGAAAAAUGUAGCGAGGCCGAAAUUUUGCGAGUUGAGUGCAAGCAAAUACAUGGGGCCUCGGAGCAGCGGAUGGCAGAGCUGCACGCUGUGGUUCAUCAGCUCCAGAGCCAGCUUUCUGUCAAGGAGCAGGAGCAUAUCACAGCACUCUCCGAUGCAAAGGCGAAACACAUGGAGGUCGUCCUCUUGCAAGAGCAGCUCAAGGUCACCCAGGCUUCUUACACACAGAAGAUAGAUGAGCUAGCAGGAAAGAUGGCUAACUAUGAGCGCCAAGUACAUCUACUACAACAGCAGCAACACCAUUUUGAAGGGGUCGAUCGGGCCUCCUCUAACGAGAAGGACGAAAAGGAAGCAUCUUCCAGUGAGCACUGUCGCGGCCUCUCGAUGAAGGAGCUCAAGGAGGAUCUAAUGGUCCUGAACGUUCUGAAUAAGGAGCUUGAGACCAAACUUCGCGCCACCUCAGAAGAACUAGCCGAUCUGGCUAGGCAAGUCCAAAGAUUAAGCGAUGAGAAGACGCAGCUGAUGAUGGAGAAGACCCUGCGCGAAACCUUCUACUCCGAGAAGAUCGAUGCUCUCACGAGGACGAUUGAUACUAUAAAUUGUGAGAAGUCUAGGCUUCAGGAGAUGUAUAAUAAAGCAAUGACGGAAUACUAUAAUCUGAGUCUUGCCUAUAACAUCUUACUAUCAACGUGUCAGAAGAGAGAGGAGGUUCCUUCAAAGGCCGUGACGAUCCUUCGGCAAGUCUGCAUUCAUGACCCUACCAAGGCUCCGCGGCAACACAUGAUUAGCGAAGGUGUUGGCAAAGCCCCGUGUCCUAAUUGCCCUGCUGUUUUAGAGCCAAGGGAUAACCCUGCGCCCUCCUUCCCCCCUAAUCUAGAGCUGAUGAAAUUCGGAGAAGUUGGCAUAGGGUUUAUUAAGCCGAAGGGCGUCAAAGUAAAGACGCAGGCGGGAGUAUCCUUUGUCCCCGAAACGAAGAAACUGCUUCAAAUCCGGAAAGCUGACUCUGAAAAAAUACCUCGCGUCUCCACUCUGUGA